AUGAGGACAAUACCAAUAUGGGUUCUCUCCUCCAUACUGCUGUCUUCGACUGGCGAGGCCGUCGCAUUACGGAAGAGAGACGGCAGUCCCGCCCGGGUCAUCGGUUUCGACUUGGAAAGCAAGAUCAUCCAGGCUCCAAACGACAAGAAUAGCAUGCGGCGGAGAAAUACUGUUACAGCUUCAUUAGACAACCUGCAAACCCUGUACUUUGUCAACGCCACUCUCGGCAACCCUCCCCAGCCGUUCCGCCUGCAUCUGGAUACAGGCAGCAGUGACCUCUGGGUCAACACCGCCAGCUCACAGCUCUGUCAGGAGGUCCCUAAUCCUUGUGCCCUAUCGGGCAUGUACGCUGCCAAUCAGUCGUCAUCAUACAACUAUCUCGGCAGCUAUUUCAACAUCUCCUACGUCGACGGGUCCGGCGCCACGGGUGACUACGUGACUGACGAUUUCAACAUUGGCGGCACCGUGCUCACUGAUUUCCAGUUUGGUAUCGGCUAUGAGAGCUCAGCUGCGCAGGGCAUUCUGGGUGUCGGCUAUCCCAUGAAUGAGGUCCAGGUCGGCCGAGCAGGGAUGGAUCCGUAUGACAACAUUGCGGCCAAGAUGAAAGCGCAAGGUCUUAUUCAGUCCAACGCCUUCAGUCUGUACCUCAACAGCCUCAGCGCUUCAACCGGCAGCAUCCUGUUCGGCGGUGUGGAUACGGAGCACUUUGUUGGCGAGCUUCAGACACUCCCCAUUCAGAUGCAUGCCGACAUCCACUCCGAGUUCCUUGUGACGCUGACCGAUGUGACUCUUGGUUCUACCACCAUGGGCUCCGACCUGGCCAUUGCCGUCCUCCUCGACUCGGGAUCGUCCCUCUCCUACCUGCCGGACGCCAUGGUCAAGGAGAUUUACUCGAUGGUCGGUGCCGUCUACCAAGAAGAGCAAGCGGUCGCUUUCGUGCCCUGCGCGCUCCGCCAGUCCCCGGCCAACAUGACCUUCACCUUCUCCAAGCCGAAAAUCACCGUGCCCAUCAGCGAGCUUGUUCUCGACCUCUUCAAGAUUACGGGCCGUCAGCCUACGUUCUCGAACGGCGCGCCCGCCUGCCUCUUCGGGCUCGCCCCAGCAGGUGCGGGCACUCAUGUCCUGGGCGACACUUUUAUGCGCUCCGCCUACAUUGUGUAUGACAUGGAAAACAACGAAAUCUCGCUGGCGCAGACGCGUUUCAACGCGACGAGAUCCAACAUUUUGGAGAUUGGCACGGGCCGCAGCUCGGUGCCGUCGGCCAUCACGGUUGCAGAGCCGGUGGCUGCCACGCAUGGACUCCGCGGUGGAGGCGCCGCGGCCGCGCAGAGCGCGGCGUAUGCAUUGACACCACUGGCUGGGCCAUUUCUGGCUGGCGUCAUCAGUGGGAUCGUUGGGUUUGUGUCAUUUUUUAUGUGA